AUAUCUCUCUCACUCAUCUCCAACAAAAUGGAUCAAGAAAUGCAACUACUCUCCUACUCCACCGCCCCACACCAAUACGGGGCGGGGCGGGAGCAGUUCGAGAGCCCCUCGCUGGACCUGCAGCUGUCCAUAAGCGUGGGGCCCUCGGCGGGGGAGUACCGGAGCAGAGUGGAGGCGCUCAAGUGGGAGGCGGCGGAGCAGAUUCGGCUGGCCGCGAUGGAGAAGGCGUAUGCGGAGCACAUGAUGGAGCUGACGAGGAGGGAGAUGGAGGCGGCGCAGUCGGAGUUUUUGAGGGCAAGGAGCCUCUGGGAGAGGGCGAUGGAGGAGGUCCACCGGGCCGAGAACAUGAGAGAGAAAGCUGCUUCUUGCAUGGAGAUCACUUGUCUCUCCUGCACCCACAAGUUUAGGCCUUGCCUUGAUUAAUCUAAUCUUUUUUCAAUUUUAAUAAAAAAAAUUUGGUGUUUUGUUUAUGGACAUAUGUCUAUCUGUCUUGAUUUCUGCGUGCUAUUUUAUAUGUAGUGUAUGAUCAAGAUACUUGGAGUAUUAUAUAGGGAAUUGGUGUAAUCAUAUAUUGGGGGUGAUAAUGAUGAAUUGAUGAAGUUGGAUUUGGAGAUUUUAA